UUAUGCACUUGUUCUUGGUUGGUUUUUUAGUGCAAUAAAAACAGAAGGGGAUUAAACUCUUGUGGCAUUUUAUUAAUGAUACUGACGAGAGGUGACUCACCGCACCCUUCACCGAACGUGUUCACGAUGACUGUUUUGUGACCGGAAGUGAACUAAUGGAUGCAUAAUUGCUGUUUAAACCCGUAGGGGCGUGUUAUUGAGUGGACUGUGUGGUGAUAUUGAGUGAUGCAACGAUGCUGUUGCAAGAGAAUCCCUACAGUUCUUUAAUUGUAACGCUUGAUUGCUCAAAUUAACAAAUAUCCAUUUCAGAGGUAAUGUAAUAAAUCAUAACAAAUACCUAAGAAGUACAAGAUGGACGAGGGUAUGUUAAACGACCUCCUCGAAUGCUCGGUCUGUUUGGAGCGUUUGGACACCUCCAGCAAAGUGCUACCGUGCCAACACACAUUCUGCAAGCGAUGCUUAGAGGGAAUCGUCGAUCGACACAAAGAACUUCGCUGCCCCGAAUGCAGAACUUUAGUUCCUUGCAAAAUCGAGGAAUUACCACCGAAUGUUCUUCUAAUGCGAAUUCUGGAAGGCAUGCGAAAUGCCUUACCCAAAAAAGAGCAACAGAGACUAAUCAGGGUGGUACACCCCGCGACACCCAUACAUCAGUUACCCGAGCAGCAUCGGCGAGCUGCCGACAAGCAAGUUCUUCAACAUCACGUCCCACAAACCCACCAGCCCUACGCCAAAGCGAUGUAUGAUUAUUCAUCAAAGGUCCCCGAAGAUUUAAAUUUCAAACGAGGUGAUAUCAUCAUGUUGAGGAAGCGCAUUGAUAACAAUUGGUAUCAUGGAGAAUGUGGCGGAAAUCAAGGCGUUUUUCCUCUCAGUUACGUACAAGUUAUCACUCCGUUACCAAGCAAUAUACCCCAAUGUAAAGCUUUGUACGAGUUUCGAAUGACAAAUGAUGACGAAGAAGGCUGCUUAACUUUUAAUAAGGGCGAUAUAAUCACAGUCAUUCGUCGUGUCGAUGAAAAUUGGGCCGAAGGAAAAUUAGACGAUCGAAUUGGAAUUUUUCCAUUGGCGUUCGUCGAGCUUAACAGUCUAGCUCGGUCGCUAAUGAAACUUUCUACUAACACCCAGCCUGGUCCUUCACGGUUAGCACCUCCGACACCCACAUCUGAUGAUAGCACACCACUGAUACCCACCGAUCACACACGUACAAUUUCAAAUGUUCACGUAGCUCAGCACGCACCUGCCGUACACCAUCAAACUGCUCAAUCGGUUCAACCCAGUUUACCUGCCUCAGAUUCCAGUUCGACCGUUAGUUCUGGAAAUUCGUCUAGCACCACGCCUAAUACUUCCUCGGGAAGUGCUUCAUCCAGUUCAAGUACAGCGCCAUCGUCGCCCGCAUCGCCACCUAAUCGAAAUCAGGCACCUCCAAGGUCGACAGUAAAACCUGAUUUGCUCCCUACUCAAACAACAGUCCCUACACCAUCUCGGGUUCUAAAUUCGGCAACCACAUCGUUUUCAACUGCACAACAGAGCGAAACUCAUUCCUCUCAUCACAAUCGGGAAAAGCGCCACAGUUUUACUUCAUUAACAAUACCUCAGCAUCAACCAAAUAACCAUAGACACUCUGCAGAAAUACUCAGUUCAGAGGUGGAAGCACAACCGCAACCUGUUUCCACCCAGUCUGACCACCCAAGAAGAUCGAGCGGAAACGAAGCGAAUUUGAACACCUUACAACUUCCGGCCGCUUACGUCGCCCUAUAUCCGUACAAACCUCAAAAGGCCGACGAAUUGGAAUUGCGGAAGGGCGGCAUUUACAUCGUAACUGAAAGAUGUCAGGAUGGUUGGUUUAAAGGUACCUCGAAUCGCACCCAAAAGUGCGGCGUUUUUCCCGGCAAUUACGUGACGCUGGCGAGAGGCGCGCCCAGAAGUCCGCAGCCGUCGCCUAGGUCCGGCGAAAACACUUCCUCCUCGAAAUCGGUAGUAAGUUACACGCGUAGCGGUAAGUCGCGACAGAGCGCAAACAGCUUACCUCCAGAUCUUCCUCCGAGAUCUUCGAGUCCCGCCAUCGCCACCAACACUAUCUCGUCUAGUUGGCAUGGCCAGCAAGAUAACGCCGCUAUGCCUUUAGGACGCAGCAGCAGUGCGAUUAUGUCGAGCGUUGCUUUGCCUACUAACGGCCCGACAGUUGGUAAACCUUUAGAUGAGCUGAAGGAGCGCAAAGAAAAGGGCACAGUGAGUCUGAUGAGGCGCCUAACUAGCAUUAAAAGGUCCAAGUUAACUCCCGCAACAUCAUAUAUGGACAAUCCUGUGUUUGAAGACAGUACUGUACCGACACCCCCUUCCCAUCCGGUCCAUGUCAGGUCUGGAUCAUGUCCAAGUCAACUUCUACAAGUGCUACCGGCAGAACAUCACAGAAUGUUUGUCUCUACCUCUCAACGCCUUAAACAUAAAGAUCGUCCCAGUGUCUUUGCGCACAGCUCAAGAACUGGAGAAAACAUAGCGGGAAGUUCUGCUUCCAGCCCGGAUGUCCAUCUCCAUCGCAAAUCAAACUCGCUGGACGCCGGAAAUCGUUCAAAAACCGGCACACAAACUGUGCGCGAACGAUUUCGUUGCAUAGCACCGUAUCCCCCUAAUAGCGAAUACGAAUUAGAAUUGCAAGUGAACGAUAUUAUCUACGUGCAUAAGAAACGAGACGACGGUUGGUACAAAGGAACACAGCAAAGAACUGGCCGUACUGGUUUAUUUCCCGCCAGUUUCGUUGAGAGUUUUUGACGUGGCGAAUUUUGUUAGUCACUUAGUAUAUUAUUCUCUAAAGUAACAAAAUGGUAUGUAUGUAAUUUUAUAAAAUGAUGAUACUAAUGUGUUCAAGAAAAGAAUGUGUAAAUUUCAAAUAUCCCUGUAAAUAAUAAUUUAUCUAAAUCGUAUUAUUUUUGUUAGGUAAUCUGCAUUAGGUGAUUACGUUUAGGUUUACUCAAAAUACGCUUUUCUUAUGCCUAGGUUAUGUAUUUAUUAUUGGUGGUGGGUUUUACUUACACAUUGCUGUUUAAUUUUACCAUGGCAAAAUUAUAGUUUUCUAAUUCAAAUCGGGUUGCGUCAAAUGACUGAAAAUUAUCGUAACUUUGUGCUCAUAUAAAAUGAAUUAGUUUUGUAAGGUGUGUCACUAGAUGUGUUAAGAAUAAAAUCUCUCGUUGUCUGUAA